AUGGGAAAAACAGAAAUUCACGAAGCGGAAAAUGCAAAAUCAUGUUCAAAUCUCGAUAAUUCUUGUCCAAAACAAAAAAUAAAAAAUAAAAAAAGAAAGAAUAUAAGUCCAAUUCUACCGAAAAUCAAAAAAUUUGAAACGGAAACUGGAACGGAAUCUUUAUUGAAAAUCGAUGAGAUGUUCAGAAAUAGAUGGCACAUUGAAGGUAUUUUUCAAAUAAUUUGAAUAUUUCAAAAACAAAACAAAAUUUUGUAGGUUUAAUUGGCAAAGGUGGAUACGGUGAAAUAUAUCUCGCAAUUGAUAUGAAUCGAGCUGAAGAAGUUGCGAUAAAAGUUGAACCACAAAAGAGACAAGGAAAACUAGCGAGAAGAAUGAUUCUUGAGCAGAAAAUUCUGGUAACUAUGCAAGGAAAACCACAUGUUCCAAUGAUUUUUGCGUCAGGAAGGACUGACAAGAAUAAUUUUAUAGGCAAGUUUUUUUUUGCACUUCUGAGAAUGAGUUUUUAAAAAACACCCUGAAUCUACAGUAAUGCAGUUGUUGAGUAUAAAUUUGGGAGAAAUACGAAAAGCAAGUCCAGUCGAGAAUGUAAGUAGAGGUACAACUGGUCGAAUAUUAUUACAAGCAAUUGGAGCUCUUCGUGAUUUGCAUGAAAUUGGAUAUGUUCAUCGAGAUGUCAAACCAGCGAAUAUGUGUUUUGGAAUCAAUCGGAAAAAUCGGCAUGUUUUAUAUCUUCUCGAUUUCGGUCUCAUUCGUCGAUUCAAAACAGAAACUGGUGAAAGAAGAAGGGCCAGGGAAAAAGCGGGGUUUCGAGGAACAAAUCGAUAUGUGUCACUUCGAGUUCAUUCUCGAUUAGAGCAAACUCCUGCAGAUGAUAUGGAAUCACUUUUAUAUACGGCUCAUGAACUUUUGAUUGGAGAUUUACCUUGGAAAUAUUUGGAAUCGAAUAUUGAAAUAAAACAAAAUAAGAUUCUAAUGGUAAGCGUGGGAUUACUGUAAUAUUUUUGCUGUAAUAAAAUAUUUUAGCGAUUCGAACCAUCCAAAUAUUUUACAAAUCCCGAUUUGUUGAAUUUCGCCGAAGCAAUUUAUAGCCUUGAUCCACAAAUUGAUCCACCUUAUACUAAAUUACAAGAAAUUUUGACACCUUUGAUUGGUGAUAAAAAAUUAGAUGAUCCCUAUGAUUGGGAAGAACAAUAUUAUGAAGCAAUUGAUGAAUAUCAACUAUCUGAUGAAAGCAGCGAAUAG